ACCAGUAUUAUGACUGAGAAGAUGUGUCGUCAAUUAAAUUUACGUACUGAUCAGGUAAAUAGAUCGAUUGUAGGAGUAAAUAAGUUAAAGACGCCUGUAGGUAAAAUAUGUCAAGUACCGAUAAAGUCGUUAGAUGAUACCUACUCGACCAGUUUAAUUUGUUCUGUGCUGCCAUCUAUAACUGAACCCACACCUUAUCAUCAGAUUGACUCUCACGAUAUAUUGCGAUUAAAUAUCCCAUCCGAUUUGUGCUUGGCUGAUCCUAACUUCCACACCCCAUCUGAAAUUGAUAUUUUGAUUGGAGGUGACCUAUUUUGGGGGUUGUUGGGGUCACACAAAAUUGAGUUAGGUGAUGGGAGAACAGUGCUGUGCGAGACUAAAUUGGGAUACAUAGUCGCAGGUCCGUUAAUCAGCGGUCACGCAUCGACUUCGUCGCAUGCCAUUAAAUGUAAUUUUGCGAAUGUCAUCUCUAAUACGAGUGCAGAUUUGACUAAUGAUGAGAUUCAAACCCAACUUACAAGAUUUUGGCAGCUUGAAGACGUCUGUCCUAAAGACUCCCAUUAUUCUUCGGAGGAGAAGUCAUGUGAGAAGCAUUUCACCGAAACUGUCACUAGGCUGGAAAAUGGGCGAUUCUGCGUACGGUUACCAUUGAAGGAGGAUCCUAGCGUUCUAGGGAAUUCGUAUAACCGCGCUAGGCAGUGCUUUCUAUCACUAGAGCGUAGAAUUGAUUCACGUCCAAAGUUCAGAGACAUGUAUAAGGAAUUUAUGGCAGAAUAUGAGUCACUGAAUCACAUGACUGAGUGCAAAGAGUCUAGGUUAGAGCAGGAAGCAUACCAUAUACCUCAUCAUGGAGUUUUAAGGGAGAGCACUACUACAAAAUUGAGGGUAGUUUUCAACGCCAGCGCUCCCACCAGCUCAGGGAUAUCCCUGAAUAAGAUUCAGAUGGUAGGGCCGACUGUACAGGAUGACCUUUUGUCUAUACUGCUUCGAUUCAGGCAGCACAAGUACAUUAUUUCAGCGGAUGUAGAGAAAAUGUAUAGGCAAAUAGUAGUUCAUCCUGAUGAUAGAUAUUUGCAGCGGAUUUUGUGGCGAGCUGAUCCAUCUAAACCUUUAAAAAUCUUUGAAUUAAACACGGUUACAUACGGGACUGCUAGUGCACCUUUCUUGGCAACACGGUGUUUAAAACAGCUGGGUAUUGAGUGUAAGGAUGAGGUCGUUCGCGAGGUCAUUAUUCACGACUUUUAUGUCGAUGAUCUGCUCACUGGCGGGGAUGACUUGCAACAAGUGCUUUCCAUUAAGAGUCAGGUUACUUCUACUCUAGCAUCAGCUGGUAUGAAUUUAAGAAAAUGGAAAUCAAAUGAACCCCAACUUAUGGCGGACUCUGAUUCGUCUCAAUUAGAUUUGAAUAUUGGCACUAAACCCAGUAAAAUCCUGGGACUGAGCUGGCAGCCAGAGUCUGAUGAGUUGUGUUUCCCGGUUGGUAAAUGUUCACUUGUCGUCAAUACUAAACGGGAUUUGCUAUCAGCAGUGGCGCAAAUAUUCGACCCCACUGGUGUGCUGGCUCCUUGUGUCAUUCUCAUGAAAAUGUUGUUGCAAAAUUUAUGGCUACAGAAACUUUCAUGGGAUCAAAAGUUAACUCCUGAGAUUAUCAAGCUUUGGGAGGGAAUUGUCCGCGAUCUACCUUGUCUCAAUGAUAUUCGUACUCCACGGUUAGUUUUAUGUGAGUCAUACGAGGAAGUUGAAUGUCAUAUUUUUACAGAUGCAUCUGAGCGGGCGUAUGGUGCUUGCUUAUAUUUGCGGAGCAUUAAUGAGAAAGGGGACGUGUUGGUUAGGUUACUAUUAGCCAAGAGCCGCGUGGCUCCCAUUAAACCCACCACAAUCCCGAGGCUUGAACUUUCCGGUGCGCUAGCAGGAGUUAGAUUAUAUGAAAAGGUAGUUGACUCACUACGAAUCAGUUUUAAGAGUACAACGUUUUGGACCGACUCCACAAUUGUGCUAGGAUGGUUGCGGAUGUUGCCUAGUAAGUUGCAACCUUUUGUUCGCAACCGUGUAGCGGAGAUAUUAGAAAAGACGGGUAACUGCACAUGGCGACAUGUGCCGACACAUGAAAACCCUGCUGACCACGUUUCUCGUGGGAUGCCUGCCAGUCUUCUUAAGUCUCUCGAUAUAUGGUGGUCUGGGCCUACCUUCUUAAGACAGGAUAAAUCACACUGGCCGGCAAGUCCGGUAGUAGUGGAAACACUACCUGAAACUCGGUCUGAAAUUGUACUGCACGCGAACGUUACGAACAACCAGGGAGAAGAAAACGGUGACGUUUUAAUUGAUUUCUCCCGGUUCUCUAGUUUAUCACGGCUUAUUCGAACAGUCUCUUAUAUUGUUCGCUUUGCGAGUGUGUGUAGAAAGCAAGUUGCCUCAACAAUUUACCUAACUGAUAGCGAGCUGAGAACCGCGUUAAAUAUAGUUAUUAGGGUCUCUCAAGCGGAAUCAUUCUCAGAAUAUAAUAUCCUGUUGAACAGUCAACGUCUUCCAAAAAAAGGUCCUUUGCUAAAACUGAACGUAUUCUUGGAUGACAAGAAAAUAAUGCGCGUAGGAGGUCGAAUCGAUAACUCUAACUUUUCAUUUGAGAAAAGGCAUCCGAUUGUGAUUCAUGCUAAACACCGAUUCACAAAGUUAUUAUUUGAAUCUGAGCACAAGAGGUUAAUGCACGCAGGCCCGCAAUUACUAUUAUCCUCUGUUAAGGAUGAAUACUGGCCCAUCGGUGGGACUAAUUUAGCGAAAGCAUGUUUCCAGAAAUGCCUUAAAUGCAUCCGUAUGAGAGGCCAAGUUGUAGCACCGUUAAUGGGAAAUUUACCAGCGUCGCGUCUUAUCCCAGGUAUGCCAUUCAAGAGCGUCGGUGUCGAUUAUGCGGGCCCUCUGACCUCUGCCAGUCGUCAGGGUCGUGGAUGUAGACUUGUGAAGGUGUAUUUAGCCAUUUUCGUAUGUUUCACCACAAAAGCGGUGCAUCUGGAGUUGGUUGGCGACUUGACCAGUAACAGUUACUUAUCAGCAUUGCGUCGUUUUGUGUCUCGUAAGGGUCUGCCAACCGACAUUUAUUCUGAUAACGGCACAUCAUUCGUGGGUGCAUACAAUGAGCUGUCAAAAUUCUUAAAGAGCAAUUGUGAUUCGCUGGCUGAGGCUGCAGCUCAUGAAAAAAUUAACUUCCAUUUCAUUCCGGCAUAUUCUCCACAUUCAGGAGGACUUUGGGAAGCUGGGGUGAAAUCGACCAAAUUUCAUUUAAAAAGAGUGCUGGGAGAUUGUAACUUAACGUACGAGUUACUUAACACUGUGCUGGUCCAGAUUGAAGCGAUCUUGAACUCUCGGCCACUUACUCCCAUGUCGUCGGACCCGCAAGACCUGCUGCCGCUCACUCCGGGACAUUUUCUUAUAGGGCGUCCUAUAACCUCAUUGCCUGUCAAGGACAUCAGAGAGCGCGAAGUCACUUACCUUAACCGUUAUCAACGCGUUGAGCAAUUGCGGCAGCAUUUCUGGAGCAGAUGGAGUAAAGAAUACAUCUCGGAGCUCCAGGUCAGGACAAAAUGGCGCACUAACAAUGAGGUGUUACAAUUGGGCACUUUGGUGCUCAUUAAAGAGGACAACUUGCCGCCUUUGAAGUGGAAAUUAGGCCGCAUCGUCGCUGUUUACCCUGGACGCGACGGCAUUACUAGAGUGGCAGAUAUAAGGACUGCGGGAGGACUAGUUCGCAGGUCCUUCAGUAAAAUUUGCCCGCUCCCGGUGACAACAAACGAGUCUGGUUGAAAGGCAAGCUUCCAACGCCCGGGGGCAUGUUUGCAUGAUGACCUGGAUCAUGGAGCGCCUACG